GAGAAGAGGCGUCACGCAUGUCGGAGAUGGGCGCACGUAUGCAGUAAGCAGCCUUAAAUGCCGACAUUUUUAUUUUUUAGGAAGUUAAUUCCGUGUCCGACUGCAACCGGGCCUUGCUUCCAAAUAUUCAAGCAUCAGCCUCUCUCUUCAUCCACCAGCUGCACCAAUUUAUUUCUUUCUUUCUUUCCCUAAAAUACCUUCAUUUGACACGAUUGGCUCAGAGACGUAGAACUAUAGAAGCUCUCUCUCACUCUCUCUCUUAAUUUCCAAACACUCCCCUCCACCCCUUUCCCGUCAUUUCGAGUUUCAACUCAGACGCGACAUACCAGAAUUUUAAUUUUCAUGUUUUCCCUUCUUAUUUAUUACGUGGGAAAGUAAAUUUGGUAAACUCCGUCCAUCUCCUUUUACCGCAGUAAUUAAUCGGUAGAAUACAAAAAUAUAAAUCAAGCAGGUACCGGCUGUAACCGGUGAAACUAAGAUGCAGUAACCGGCAAGGAGAGGGUUUUGGUUUUAGGCAUCGGAGAUACAUUAUAGCUAGACGGAUAGAUAGAUAGAUAGAGAGCGAGAGAGAGUGAGAGUUCUGGAACGGAAAGUAUAUGAAAGACUUGAAGGAAUACAUCUCUUUUUUUGCAGGCGGGGAAUUGAUGACCUCACUCUACAUUCUUCCCUCUUAUCAUCUUCUUUUCUAAAGGAAAAAAAAAAAAGUUGAAACCAGAGCCUGAAAAAAAUAAAAUACAAACUUUCACCGCCGGCGGUGCUGUUGCUGCUGGUGGUGGAUCUGCCUCCCCGACCAUCUCAAUGUGAAGUUUUUUCUUGUUUUUUAUCAUCUUAGAAGCUUGAAAUUAGGAGAAUUGCGAACUUAAGUGGGACAGAGAGGAAAAAGGAAGGAUAAAAGAAGAAAAAAUGGAAUUCGACGAUCACGAAGAGCAAGACGAGGAGAUGGGGAUGCCGGUAUCAGCCAGUUACGAAUCUCUUGGCAACUCGUCUAGAGCCAAAAUGGCAGGUGCAGGCGGCGAUGGGGGUUCGUCGGGGAGAAAAACUGUCAGCAGGUACAGGGAGUGCUUAAAAAACCAUGCGGUCAGCAUCGGAGGCCACGCCGUCGAUGGAUGUGGAGAGUUCAUGGCCGCUGGAGAGGAAGGCACGCUAGACGCCCUCAAAUGCGCCGCCUGCAACUGCCACCGUAACUUCCACCGCAAGGAGACGGAAGGGGAAGUCUACCACCAUCAAUUCUCCCCGUACUAUCGUACCCCGGCGGGGUACCUGCAUGUGGCACCGCAUCAUCGCCCGCUGGCGCUGCCGUCGACCUCGGGAGGUGGUGGUGGAGCCCAAAGCAGGGAGGACCAGGAGGACGACGUCUCAAACCCUAGUGGCGGUGGAGGGAGUUCGAAGAAACGGUUCAGAACUAAGUUCACGCAGGAGCAGAAAGACAAGAUGCUGGCCUUCGCGGAGAAGCUUGGGUGGAGGAUUCAGAAGCACGACGAGGCCGCCGUGCAGCAGUUUUGUACGGAGACCUGUGUGAAGAGGCACGUGCUUAAGGUUUGGAUGCACAACAACAAGCACACUCUGGGUAAGAAACCCUAAGAGAGAAAGUAAUUAGAAUCCAAUCUACUACUACUGCUACUAGCUAUCACUACUACUGCAACAACAACUGCUUCUCUCUCUCUCUUUCUCGUUCUUUCUUUCUUUCUUCAUCAGCAUCAGCAUCAGCAUCUACUACUACCACUACUACUGCUACUUCUAAGUCUCGCUACAUCCACCAAUUCCUUUCUUCACCACUGUACUGGUACCAAGGACAAAGGCAACCUCCUCGACAAGGAAGAAGAAGAACAACAACUGAGAGUCGAUGAUGAACGGAGAACAAAUGGAAUGGGAAAUUCGUUUGAGAAUUCUUCCAUACGUUGCUCCCUCGAGAUGAAUUUAAUUAGGUCUCUUUCUCUUUCUCUCUCUCUCUCUCUUUUUUUUUUUCCCUUCCGAAUCCCACCUCUUCUACUGCUGUUUAGAUUGUAUUUCUUCUUGUUUCGUAGUGCAUUAUUGUUGAUGGGCCAUUGCUCAAUUCACUGCUACCUUCUUUCUUCCCCACCCUAACUCUAACUGCAACUGCUGUUUUAUUGGGUUUAAAUGAGAACCUAGUCUAUCUAGCUACAUAGUACAAGGUUUGUUUUCAUCUUUCCCAUGUAGCGAAACAUAGUCUGAACAGGAAUGCUUGUUAGGGUUUAAGGUUUUCAAAA